CUCUGCACACUUCCAGUCAGAUGCUAAACUAUUUGAAUAGUACCUGAGCUUAAAAGGCUCAGCUACUAUUAAUUUGCAUCUUCGGGGUGAACGCAUGCAAGUACGGUUCGCUUCCUGCUUCCUCGUAUUUCGACAGUGUAGCUGGUUAAUGCGAGUGUAUCAUGUAUAUGUUAGCUUGUGGCGUUGUAUUUUUCCCGGGACUGUUCUUCAUAUCCAGGAAAGUGCUUGAAUCCGCUUUCAAAAAUUGGAAUGAUGCAGAUGUGUUUGUGGUCAGCGAAAGGUUGCUGUCCUCUAUCUAUGCAACUCUGGCUACUAUUGUUGGGUUCAUAAUUGCUACUGCCUCCAAUGAUGUGAUGUCUGACAGGCACAGACUGACCAAUGAAUUUGUGUGGUUUGGCGCCCCUUACAUGGCCUUUGAUAUCUACGCCAUGUAUCUGAGUAACUACCACAGUCAAAAGGUCAGAGGGCACGAGGCGUACAUGAAGCACUCCCUCCUUACCAUCAAGCUGUUCCUCCUCCGGCAGCCCCUGCUGGUGUUUCAUCACAUGGUCCUCCUCACGGUCUUUAUGCCCAUCACUCUGUUCCUCAGGACCGGCCUAGGUGGAGACUUCUUCAUCGGCUGUUUCUUCAUGGCUGAAUUCAGCACUCCGUUUGUCUCAUUAGGAAAGGUUCUGAUCCAGUUGGGACUAGAGGACUCAUGGCUUCACCGAGUCAAUGGUGUGAUGGUUCUGCUGAGUUUCUUCACCUGCCGUAUCCUGCUCUUCCCCUACAUGUACUGGGUGUAUGGUCAGCAGUACACCAUUCCCUUCCACAAAGUGCCUUUCCAUCUACAGCUCCACUGCAACUUAGCCAACCUAUCCUUACUAGCACCUCAGAUCUACUGGUUUGUGCUGCUGUGUCGCAAGGCCUAUCGCCUCUACCUGCGUCAGACUGGGUCAACGGGUCAACCUUCUCAUAAAGAUGGCUCAAAGACAGAUUAGAGGUGCCAUCUAAUUCUGUGGUUAGCAACAUGUCAAUUAUGCUUCCUUUGCCCUCUUGUCUUCUAUGCCAUGAGUUAUUUCAAUCCUUGCCUCUGAAGGAAUGGUCUGUGGAAUUUAGGACAUGCAACUGCCUAUGAAUACAAAAUGACUGGUAUUUAUUACAAUUCUCAGGGGUCAGACACUGUUAUAUGAUGUAGUUUGUGCAAGAAAUAUUUACUUAAAAUAAAAAUUCUACCUGAAAGAGUGACACCAUGCAUCAUGACUAAUUAGGGUAACUUUCUAUCCAAAAUAUUUAAAUUAAUUAUUUCAUAGUUAAGUAUGAAAUGUUGCACUAGAAAAUAGAUUUGACAGACAAAUGAAAUAAGCACUGAAAGCCCAAGCAUUUUGAUCAAGUUGUAACCCUGUCUUGUGUCCUAGUGUGGAUGAUCAAAGUUUGUUUCAAUGAGUUUUGAUUAAUAAACCACUGAAAGACA